AUGGCACCCUCAAACAUGAAGGCCAUCAAGGUCGUCGAGGCCAAGAAGGCAGAGCUCCAAGAUGUUCCCGUCCCAAAGCUCCGUGACGACUACGUUCUGGUCAAGGUCGAGGCUGUUGCACUGAACCCCACCGACUGGAAGCACGUCGACUACCUCGCCAACCCUGGUGCCACCGUCGGCUGUGACUAUGCCGGUGUCGUCGAGGAGGUCGGCUCAGCCGUGACAAAGAAGUUCUCCAAGGGUGACCGCAUCGCUGGCUUCUCCCAUGGUGUGAACAGCGCCAACAAGGAAGACGGUUGUUUUGCACAGUACGCUCUGUCCAAGGGUGAUGUUCAGAUGAAGGUUCCCGACUCUCUGUCGACUGAGGACGCUGCUACCCUUGGUGUUGGCGUCACCACUGUUGGACAGGGUCUCUACCAGAGCUUGAAGCUCCCUCUUCCCACCGAGCCUGCUAAGCAGCCUUUCCCCGUUCUGAUCUACGGUGCCUCCACCGCCACCGGUACCCUUGCCAUCCAAUACGCCAAGCUGUCUGGUCUCGAGGUCAUCGCCAUCUGCUCUCCUCACAACUACGAUCUCGUCAAGUCUCUGGGUGCCGACGCCACUUUCGACUACAAGGACCCCGAGUGCUCAGCCAAGAUCCGCGAGCACACCAAGGACAACCUCAAGCAUGCGUUCGAUUGCAUUGCUGAAGGCGAAUCUCCCAACAUCUGCGCCAACGCCAUCUCGACCAAGGGCGGUGUCAUCUCCUACCUUCUGCCCGCCAAGUCCUCCCGUGAGGAUGUCGUGGACCAGAGCACCCUCGGCUACACAGUUGUGGGUGAAGCCUUCACUUUUGCCGGCCACCCCAUCCCUGCCAAGCCUGAGGACUUCGAGUUUGGCAAGAUGUUCUGGGAGCUGGCUGAGAAGCUGUUCGCCGAGGGCAAGGUCAAGGCUCACCCCAAGGAGCUCCGCGAGGGCGGUCUUGAGGGUGUCUUUGGCGGCAUGGAUGACAUGAGAUCCGGCAAGGUCUCUGGCAAGAAGCUUGUCUACAAGAUCUGA